AUCACAACACCAAACGCACUGAAAACAGAUGAGCACCAAACAUGUUUCAGAUGUGUUUUGACUUCGAGUUGGACGCAGUUCUGCCUCUAUUCCAAAUUCCUAUGAAGCAAAACAACCAGGCCAUAAAACAGCUUUUGGAACGACACUAUGAAAUAUGUCUGCUGGGCACAAAGAGACGCCGCGAGACACUACAUGUCAAACUGGAACUGUUGUUUUUUUCUCAAACCCUUUGAUGAGUGAUGUGGAAUCAGACUGGUCUCCAAUUCAUGAUGCAGCCUUUAAUGGACGUGUCCUCGCUCUGCAAAGACUCAUUGCUCAGGGUACAUGUGUAAAUCUGAACACACUGGAUCAGGUGUCUCCCCUGCAUGGAGCAUGUAUACAGGGCCACGUGACUUGUGCCAAGCUUCUGAUGGAGAAUGGGGCAAAUGUAAACAGUUCAAAUGUGAAUGGACAGACUCCUCUGUCAGAGGCCUGUGCCCGGGGCCAUGCAACCUGCGUGUCGUUACUCCUUCAACAAGGAGCAACUCCCGUGGGGACCAGCCUAUCCAGCUCUCCAAUCCACAGGGCUGCAGCCGAAGGUCACCCAGAGUGCAUUGCUCCUCUUGUUCAGUAUGGUGCAGAUGUGGAUCAGUAUAUCGACCAGUCAGGUUCCCCUCUCCAGGUUGCAUGCUCCAAUCAGCAUCUGAGUACUGUGAGGAAACUGCUUCAGCUCGGUGCCAGUGUGAACAACAGUGUGUCAGGUGACGCGCCCCUGCACGUCGCAGCUCGUCUGUCCAGCCCAGAGUUGGUGUCUGUCCUGCUUGAGCACGGGGCCGAUCGCUCCCUCAGGAACCUAGAAGGCAAACAGCCAGUGGACCUCGCACCCCCCAACAGCCUGGCGGAGAGGCUGCUGAGACAAGCAGGAGGAGUGUCUCCUCUAAUGCAGCUGUGCCGGCUGAACAUCAGGAAGACUGUGGGCAAGCAAAGGCUGGGUGGGAUUCGCGACCUUCACCUCCCUACACAACUGAAAAAGUAUCUUCUCUACCAAUCAGACACACGGGGAGAUGAAAUGCACUGAAAAAUUCAACCAUUUCUCUUUUAGGUCAAUAGGGGGCGGACUUGCAUAAUCUUGCAGUGAGAUGACUACAUCAUGGUUGUGAUAGUAAUCAAAUGUAAUUCUGCUUUGUGACAGAUUCUAAAGAUCAGUUUGGACUUUUAUAUGGAGACUUGAAAGUCUUGGGGCAAGAUUUGAUCAUUAAAUAUUCAUAAACAGCAAUACAUUCAUAUUCAAAAAGCGAAUUAUGGGCUAAUGUGGUCCAAUAAUAUUAUUAAUUCUGGUUUGAUAUACGGAAAUAAUAUUUGCAAUAUUACACAAUUCAUCUAACAUUGCUUUUUUUGGUGACAAAUUCAAAGUUAUCAUGUGAGCAGAUGAACUGACAACACAGAUUACUUAUCUCCAAGUCAUUGCAGAAGAUCCUCUGAUGGUAGAACACACACCAUGACAUGAUUGAUAACACGAAUGUAUUUUUUCACACUGUUACUAUCAUGAUGUAGUCAUACAAAUGAACCACAAUUUCUGUAUUAUUUCAAAUCAAAGCCAUUAGAUAUUAUAGUCGCCUCCUUCUGGCUGGAUGAGAAAGCUAGCUAUCUAACAGUGGGCCUUUGUGUUUCAUAGAUUAUCAUUCAUGCAGUCUCUCUGUGAUUUCAAACAUGGUCAUACUCUUCUGAGGACUUAGUCUAGAUAAUCAGUAACUAUGAGUCAGCAUUCACUGCACACAAACCACCAGGGGGGCUUGAGCUGCUAAGAAAAUCUUUUUUCUUCAUUAUUUUUUUCUCUUUUAGUUUGCUUUUUGUUUUAAAUGUGUUUAAGUAUUAUUAAAUACUGAAAUUACAACUGUUCAGUUGUACACACUGUGAAAUGUAUAGCUAUUGCAGUACACUGCACUGUGUAUUUUGCCAACAGGUUAUGUUUAAAAAGAGGCACUAUAUAUAAAUGCCUUUGUAUACAGACUGUGAAGAAGCAUGUUUAUUGUUCACUCACUGUAAAAAAAGGAAUCUAAUGUUGCGUGUUUGUGGUUGUGCACAGGAUGUGUUGUGAUACUAUGCAAAUUAUGUUUCCCCAGAGUCUAGAGUAUAUUUUUUAAAAACAAGCACAACACAAGGAUCAAGCUAAACAAACAAACAAAAAAGAAAAGAAAUGUAAACACUGAAUAUAUUGGUAAUAAAGAAGACAAAUCACAUCAUAUAUAAAAAAAGUGACAGUAUUUGCUGUAUGAAUUCAUAUGUUAUAAUUCAGUUAUCAUGAGGAUUCAGUCCUGAUGCUCUUCCCUUUGCCCAUCUGAGAAAAGGAACUUUGCAGAUGUGAAAGUGAAGAAUCAGGCAUUUAUCAGAUCCUAAUUUCAUUGUGGUGCCUUAUUACUUCUUAUAAUAACCUGAGGAGAAGAGGGGCACUGCUACCAAGAUGGAGCAAUGACUGACACAA